AUGAGAGGAGGUGAAGCUUCUCCUCCUGACGUCUGUGAUCCAGACUAACCGACCACCCGUCUCCUGCCGGCCGUGCACGAGCCGCGGCUGCUGUUGACACGCGAGCUAACGUUAGCAUCGUAGCUCUGACACCCGCCGACACAACAAACAAAAGAAGCGUCCCGGCAGAGGGGAGACCGGAUUCAAACCAACAACCUGCAGAUUAUCCUCUGGUUAAAGUUUCCCUGACGGGAAAACCCUUCUCCAGCUGGAACUACAGUAACAGACACACUGGACAAGUUUAAUCUCUUCGAGUUGAAUGGACAAGGAAGCCAGAAAUACACAGCCCAGCUAGUGAAGCCAGUUAAAGGCUCAGUGAUGCCUGUGAAGAAGAAGAGAAAACUCCCUGGUGCAGAUGAUCAUGAGCACAAGUGUAAAAUCACAAGUUUCACUCGACCUCAGAUCCGCGGAGCGAGGCCGAUCACCAGCGACAAACUGUUCUCCAGCAGGAAGUGCUUGGCCUGGUUCCACAAGUACGCUGGUGCCGACAAGGUGGUGGAUCCAGAGGCCAUGGAGAGGUUCUGUGAAGAUAUCUGUGUGGAACCAGAGAAUAUUGUCAUGUUAGUUUUAGCCUGGCAUCUAGAAGCAGCUAAUAUGGGAUUCUUCACAAAAGAAGAGUGGCUCAGGGGAAUGACAGUAUUACAGUGUGACUGCACAGAGAGGUUACAGAGCAAACUGGAUUACAUGCGCGGGGAGCUCAACGAUUCUGUCCUCUUCAAAAACAUCUACAGAUACGCCUUUGACUUCUCCAGAGACAGAGACCAGAGGAGUCUGGACAUGGACACAGCAAAGUCUAUGCUGGCUUUACUGCUGGGGAGAACAUGGCCUCUGUUCCCCAUCUUCCACCAGUUCCUGGAGCAGUCCAAGUACAAGGGGAUGAAUAAGGACCAGUGGUACAACGUCCUGGAGUUCAGCAGAACCAUCAACACAGACCUCAGUAACUACGAUGAAGAUGGAGCUUGGCCAGUGCUGCUAGAUGAGUUUGUGGAAUGGCAGAAAACUCGGUCAGCAUCGUAGCAACAACAACCCGACACCAAAAAGGAGGAAGAGGGAGAAAAACAAAAACCACAAACGCAGGAGGAAUCUAUUGUUAAAUGAAAAACAGCUGAACUCACACACACACACACACGGACACACACAGACACACACACACAGACACACACACGGACUGGAGGAUCAUCGCUGUGGACUCUGGGUACAGUCACAUCCCAUCAGAGAUCGUCUCUGUUCAUCGUCAGCCAACUGUUAAGAGGCCUUUCUCUCACAGAGUAGACUUUUUUAAGAUAGGGUUAAUUUGGAAUAAAGAAACUGAACUAAGAAAACACACAAAACCAAAAAAAGAACUGAGAGAAGAGAUGUGGAAUUUGUUUUCUUGAUAAUUAUUUUUUCCCCAUUUUGUGUAUUGUUUAUAGAUGUUUUCACAGUAAUAAAAAAGGAAAUUAAAAUGUGACGAGCUGAUUCUUGAUAAUUACCACAAACUAAAGGUUUCAUUCACCAAACACUUUGUGAAUAAAUAAACAGCAGCUGAAGAAGACGUCUCAGGUCUCAGGUCUGUGACUCAGAGGCCUGUUCAGUGUUCGUCUGUACAAUAAAGAAAGAUGGACGACAUGACACGACCCAAAAGUGAAACCUAAGUGUCUAUCGCCCCCUGGUGGCUGGCUAGAGGAUAGGUCAUAAACCCUGUCUUCUCGUGUUAGUGGAUGGGACAUGAAACAAACUAAAAAGUCAAAGACAUCAAAUACGUUUUUCUGAAAGAUGGUUUCUGUCAUUUUAGGUCUUAUACUGUUUGUUCAACUGUUCAUGUUUCUGAUAAGUUUGAUUUUGAUGAAUUAUUUGAUAAACAACGGGCUGAGACGUCAUGAUUGACAGCUGAGGCUCUUGAUUGAUGGAGUGUGUAUUGAUAGACAGAGUUAGGGGCAGACAUUUGGAGGGAUUGUGUAUUUUUUUUCUCGUGAAUAUUCCAUCUCAAGAACGCCUUGAGGUCAUUUCUUAAGAUUUGGAACAAACAAUACUUUUGGACUCAAAGAUGAACUGAUUGGAAUUUGGAGGUCAAAGGUCAAGGUCACAGUGACCUUACGAAGCCCUGGUUUGCCUCAUGAACACCGACCACAUCUUAAAGAGGAUUCAGGAGAAUCCUUUAGAAUUUGGCACAACUUUUCACAAAUGCUCGAAGAUGAGCUCAAGUGGUCAAAAGCCACCUGACAUGAGAUUGGAAAAAUAACUUGCAGAAGAUAUGAACUGAACUGUUUUGGCAAACAACUAAAUAAUCAUACGUCUUUUAAACCACAUGAAAAUAUUAAAGUCCAUGUUUAGUUUAUUUUCAGUUUUGUGGCUGAAUAUAGUAAAAUCCUUUAUAGAAUAUAAUUCUA